AUCGCAGAUCACUGCACAUUAUAGCACCGAGAGAUUAUCCUAAACAUGAGCGUGAAGCAGUGGGAGAACGACGAGGAGAUAAAGAUUUUUCGCGAAUAUUUACGUAUUCCAAGCGUGCAGCCCGAUGUGGAUUAUAGCGCUUGCGUGGAGUUCCUAAAACGUCAGGCGAACAGCCUGAAUCUGCCAGUAGAUGUGGUUCAUCCUGCGCUUCCAACGAAGCCUGCGGUGAUCAUUAAGUGGUUGGGGAAGCAGCCGGAACUCCCUUCGAUCAUCUUGAACUCGCACAUGGACGUGGUUCCCGUGUUUCCCGAGAAGUGGACUCAUGACCCCUUCAGUGCACUCAUGGAUAACGAAGGUAGGAUCUAUGCGCGCGGCUCGCAGGACAUGAAGUCCGUGGGAACUCAAUAUCUGGGUGCCAUUCGCGCCCUCAAAGCCAGCGGCUACCAGCCCAAGCGAACUGUGUACCUCACAUAUGUACCAGACGAGGAAAUUGGCGGAGACCUGGGCAUGCGAGAGCUGGUGAAAGGCGACUACUUCAAGAGCAUGAGCGUGGGCUUUAGCCUGGACGAGGGCAUCUCAAGCGAGGAUGAGACCUACUCGGUUUUUUAUGCGGAGCGCACUCUGUGGUAUCUUAGAUUAAAGUUCAGUGGCACUGCUGGACAUGGAUCCCUGCUGCUGCCCCAUACGGCUGGCGAAAAGUUUAAUUACGUUUUGAACAAGAUGAUGGAGUUCCGCAAAUCGCAGGCCCAACGACUGGCUGAAGACUCAUCCCUUGAUAGUGGCGAUGUGACUGCCGUAAACCUUACUCAACUGAGGGGAGGCGUCCAAAGCAAUGUCGUCCCUCCGCUGCUGGAGGCAGUCUUUGACAUUCGCAUCGCCCUCUCCGUCGACGUGGGUGCCUUUGAGAAGCAGAUACGCGACUGGUGCCAGGAGGCCGGUGGCGGCAUUGAACUAGACUUCGAGAUGAAGUGUCCAUAUGUGGAGCCAACAAAGCUAGAUGCCUCGAAUCCCUUCUGGCUGCCCUUCAAGGAGGCCCUCGAACAGCUUGGUCUCAAAGCCCGCUUCAGGGUCUUUCCUGCUGGAACUGAUAGUUUCUUUAUCCGAGAGGCACGAAUCCCUGCCUUCGGCUUCUCGCCCAUCAACAACACGCCCGUGCUGCUGCACAAUCACGAUGAAUAUCUGCGAGCGGAUACCUAUUUGCGUGGUAUUGAGGUGUACAAGAAACUUAUUCCAGCUGUGGCCGAUGUCUAGGAUAUUUCAUGAUAAAGUUUAUCCGUAUUCGAAGAG